GUAUUCAUGAACCUGACAGCGUUUAAUCAGUUGGAUCGAUGUGUGCAUUUCUCCUGUCCAGAAAAGUCUAAAUCUCCUGCAGUUUAUAUCUUACUGUAUGUGUGUUCAGCUGCUGUGGUUCUGCUAACAGUGUGUGGAAAUCUGCUGGUCAUCAUCUCUGUUUUUCACUUCAAGCAGCUUCACACACCGACCAACACGCUUGUGCUCUCUCUGGCUGUGUCGGAUUUCUUUGUUGGUGCUUUUGUAAUGUCACCAAUGUUUAUCUGGAUGAUUGAAUCAUGCUGGAAAUUUGGCAGAAGUUUCUGUACUAGUUUUUGGUUGAUUAGUGGUUUCCUUACAAUCUUAUCCAUCUAUAAUAUCACUUUGAUUGCUGUGGAUCGGUAUUUGGCUCUCUCAAAUCCAUUUUUCUACAUAAACAGAGUGUCUGUGAAAAUCACUCGUGUUAUAAUUGUUUUUGAGUGGUGUGUGGUCGUGGCCUUUAUCUUAGCACUCUUGUAUUCCAAUGGAAAUUUUAUGAAUUUUGUAAUGUGUCCUGGAGAGUGUUUUCUCUUUUUCAAUGAGGUUUGGUCUGUAAUUAAUCUUGUAUUUGCAUUUAUUUUUCCACUUUCUGUCAUAAUUAUAUUGUAUACUAUGGUUUUUGUGAUUGCUAAGAAACAUGCCACUGCUAUCAGAGAGCUUAAUAAUCACACACGACCUAAUGUACAGAAAAUCACCUCACACUCAAUGAAAUCUGAGAGAAAAGCAGCUAAAGUCCUCGGCAUUUUAGUGUCUGUGUUUCUGAUGUGCUUACUUCCUUAUUUUAUUUAUAGUUUAUUAGGUGAUCUUAUUGAAAGACAGACAGACACAUUUCAGAAACUCAUAAUUUUAGCUUAUUUUAAUUCCACUAUUAAUCCAGUUAUUUAUGCUCUGUUUUAUCCAUGGUUCAGGAGGUGCAUUAAAUUAAUUAUAACACUGCGAAUAUUUCAGACAGACUCCACAUUAAUCAAUGUUCUUUCAUAA